AGUUCGAAAAUAUACCAUUUAAUAAUGAGUAAUACCUUUUUUUAGUUAGUGAUUGUUAUAUUAGAUGGCGAUAAAGUUUAAUAAAUGUCAUUACAUCAUUGUGUUUAGGUUACGUUCGUUUUUAAUACAUCUGAGGUAUUUAUUAUAUAUUUAAUCUAUGUAAUCUAGUCACAUUUUUGAUAUCAGCAUCAGUUAUAUUCUGUGAUAAAUUAAUGUGUGAAGUGUGUGCGUAGUUUUUUAAGUGAAAAAAGCGUCUGAAUGUUUGGUGAAGGUUGAAAAAAAAAUGUUUAGAACAUAACAUAUGCAUACAUUCAACAAUAUGUAAAGUGAUAGGAAUCGAGUUCGUAAUUAGUUCGCGGUGAAAAAAUAAAAAAAAAGCAAAAAUGGAAUGUGUAUCGAGUGUUGACAAUGUGCCACAAUGGAAAAAAGAUUUAAUCGCUAGACUGAGAAAUCAAAAUAAAUCAUCCUCCGGCAACGUUAACAGAGACCAUCACUCUACCCCCCAUCACUCGUUGGCUCAUCGAACGGUACUUCAACCUAACCUAACCUCCAAGAAUGAAUCAGUAGCUUCCAGUGGUUCGUCGAGUAAUAAUGUACCCGAACAGUGUAAUGUGAAAAAGAAAAUGGUGCAAGAACGAGCUUGGGCUGAUAAAAAGUCCGAUAAAUUCGAGGAAAUGGUCGCUAAUAAUGGUUACCAUAAAGAAAGUGAUUCGGAUUCGUCGGAGGAAUUACAUUACGGGCCCGGGAUAGUGAACAAAUUAAAAAAUAAAUAUCUAAGUUUGGCUUUGAGAGAGAGUAAUAGUAGACCGAGUAUUUUACAUAUGCGGAAAGCUACUUCGUUGGAAAACCUCCUCGACGACGACGACGACGACGACGACGGAGGCGGCGAACAAGAUUAUAAGUCUCGAUUUAACGGAAUCGGAAAUAUAUCAAAUAAAUAUAAAAACAAUUAUAGACGUAACGAGAUGAAACGGGCUAGAUCGGUGGAAACAAUUUCGCGUUUAGACAACCAAACAAAUAACUCGAUAACGAAUCGUCAAUCUUUACACGAAGAAACUUUUAUCGCGGUUCAAAAGGAAGGAAAUGACUAUCCCAGCAAAAAAAUACAAGAUAACGUACAAGAGAACAAAUUUAGUCAUAGAAUAAACAGACCCAAACGCCUAUUACCGAUAAUGAACGAAAAAGAAAAACCUCCCGUGGAUUUCGUGAAACAAGCCAAGAUGAUUUUCGAAAAAAGACCGGAACAACGCACGAGGGCGCCUCCCCAAACAGGUGACGUAGCCGCCAAAGUGGACAGUUUCAAUAAUAUAAUAGUUAAAAAAAAAGUGGAAGCUAAAGUGAAUAAAAAAACUCAAAUAAAAUCGGUUAAAUAUAAUUUGUACGAUAAAAAAGUGCCCAACAGUGAUACAGGUUUGCUCAGUCCUAUACCGGACGUCUCGAAAAUCGUUCCAAUCGAUACGGAACGUUGUAAAUCGUUGACGAAUCUAUCGGAAACGCCCGAUUUAAUAUUAACCUCUAGUCCUUUAUCUUCUUUACCCAACGAAGAAAAUAUAAUUCCUAAAAAACUUACGAGUCCUUUACUAAGUCCCAAUAGAAUAAAACCCGCAAGUCCUCUGAUUAGUCCUAGUAGAUUCAGUCCGAAAUUAACGUACGAGGGUGCUUUCGAUUUUACGAAAAAAGUGUCUUCGACUCCUAUUAACGAAAACGUAUCGGAUAUCAAAGUGCCGACUUCGCAACAAUUACAAAUAGACGUUAACGGUUACGCGGAUACGAAUUUUUCGGACGUUAAAGUUUUGCAAACGAAAAAAUCGCCGCCGUACGUCGAAAGAAAAAUCGAAAAAGAUUUGAACGCGACGGAAAUUGAAAAAAAUACGAUUAAUACGGCUAAAAACAAGUCUAGUGAGAGUGUCGAAGUGGUUAAUAGGAACGUAGUACCCAAAAAGCAAACGAGACCUAAAGAACCGGUCUCGAAUACGGCCGUUUUUAAUUUUACGUCCAGUAAAAGGGACGUGCCCGAUUAUAUAUCCAAUGAUAAAUCGCGUCUACCUGGUAAACCUGAACUACCCAAGCCCGGUGAAGGGGGUAUCAUCUUUAUACCGGGUGCGACGAUCCUGGAAUCUUUCACGGACGAAGACGAAGAAAUUUUACGAUCUUUGGAAGGUCCUCCUAGUCCUUGUGACGUAACAUUCAUUAACGACAAUAUCCUUAUAGAUGGAAAAUCUAGUAUGUGUCAAAAAUCGAAAAGGUCGAAGUUGAAAAUAUCGUUCGUAGAGGCAGGUCCGGAUAUCUACGAAUAUCCAUCCGAAACGUCGUUAAUGGUGGACGAGAAUCCGGUAGUAGCCCAAGUCGGACAUUCCAUUCCUAAUCUAAGCGGUUCUUCUCUUGCCACGUAUACGCCGAAAAGUAGUACGGAAAGUUUUCAACCGGGCGUUACGAGAAGUACCCCGGUUCCAUCGGUUAAGCCCGUCGAAACGGCAAGCGACGAACCGAAUUUCGAACUCGACGAAGUCGAUAAACCGUUCAGCUCGGGUAAUACCACAGACAUACUAUUCUGAAAAAAUUCCAACAGGUAUUUGAAACUAUCACAUAUUUUUUUUGUUUUUUGAGAUAUUUACAAUUGUAAUUUUUUAUAUUUUAUAUAUUUUUACUCCUUUAUAUUCCAUAUUUUUCACAAGUUUAGGGGAGUAAGUAUUUGUUGUAGUGUAUGUAAAAUAGUCGGGGGAGAAUCAGAUUCCGUUAGACCCUUUUUUGUUUAUUUACAGUUGUAAAUCACAUACAAUUUAUCGUACGCACCCCGUAUCUAUAAUAAUUAUUUUUCAUUGAUUUACAAAUCGUAAAAUGGUGGUUUUCUAGUAGAAAUUAAUCUGAGAUUACGUUAAAAUCGUAUUAUAAUUUAGUUCCUCGGAGAUUGCCAGUAGGUUUAUAAGGAAUAUUUUAUUGAAAGAAAAAAAUUUGUUUGUAAGUUAAAAUAAUUUUUUUUUUCAAUUGCUAGGGUCGAAUAACAAAUAUAGUGCGCACUACGAGAUAUUAUGUAAUUACCUUCUGGAAUACUUGAAUUUGUUUUGGAUACACUUAUCCCGUUGACUGCGCCAAUUUUACAUUUUUUUUUUCAAAAAAAUAGCAUUCAAAUAUAUAUUUUUCUUUUUAAAAUUGCAAAUUGAAAUUUACUUAAUUGAAUGUUUUAUUGGUAAAUAUUUUGAUAAAACUGGUUUUUAUUCAUAAUAACUUACCCCACUGACUGCGCCAGUUUUAAUGUUUUUUUUUUCACUAAAAUUAUGUUGAUCUAAACAUUUUUUCGUUAAAAUGUCGUAAAAGUUGAUUAAAAAGUAUUUUCUAAAAUAUUAAGUUUCCAAAAACUUAAUGCUUUUAAAAAAAUUACUCAAUUGACUUUUUUAUUUGAAAAUCCUGGUAAGAACUUUUUAUAAAACAGGUUUUUAAUCAUAAUUUUCUUUUGGUUGCCUCAAUUUUUUCAACGAUAUACUUAUCCCACUGACUGCGCCAAUUUUAUUGUUUUUUUCUCUAAAAUCGUAUUGAAAUAAAUAUUGUUUUCGUUAAAAUGUCGAAAAAAACUAAUGUUUUUAAGGAAAGGUAACUUAAUUGACUGUUUUAUUUGAAAUCCAACUCAAUUAUAUGUUUUUUUUUUUCAAAUACUUUCUAGUAACUCUUCAAUAAACAAUUUUUUGAUUCAUUCACAAUGAAAAUUUGAUGAAAGACUAAAUUUAUCCUAUUGACUGCGCCAGUUGGUGAAUUGUUAAUAGAUAAACGGUUGCAACUGCACUAUAUUAAUUAAUUAUUUCAUAAUCAGAAUCUCGUUGAACAACUAAUUAAAAAAAAGUUCAUUUUCAAGUUUGUACUAUAUUGUUAUGGUUAAAAAAAAUUAAUUUGAUUCUCCCCGUAGAUGUAAUGAUCGAUAUCGCGAACUGCUUUAAUAUUUUAAUAGGUAAUUUUAUCAAUAUUUAGAUGGUAAGUGAAAUAAUUGUACUGAUAUCAAUGUAUAUUUUUUUCUUCCAUUUUUACUGUUAUUUGUAAUAAAAAGUUUUUUUUUAUUUAUAAUCUGUGAUUUUGAAAAUUUGUGAGGACCAAUAUGUCUACUGUUGCUUCUUUUAAUGUAGCUUACUGCUUAUGUUUGAUCCAAUUAUACACAUUAUACACUA